AUGGCCGUCCUCAUAUUUGUCGCUAUUCUUGCAAUCGUUCUCCCGACAUCAAUUAUAGUAACCCGACGCAAGAAUAAUAAUAUGGGCCCGAAAGCAAAGGUCUUUGUCCCUCUCUAUGUGUACCCUGCUCCCGGUGCGUGGGAUCCCCUAGUGAAUGUGAUCACGGCACACCCCGAUGUCAACUUCACGGUCGUGGAAAUUCCUCGGUUGACGGCGCAUGACAAUGUGCGCGUUCUCGGCUAUGUCGCCACUACAUACGCGAAGCGCAACAUUUCGUCGGUGCGCAAUGACAUUGAGACCUACGCCGCCUGGCCUACAAUCAGCGCUAACCCCAAGCUUGCCGUUCGGGGAAUAUUCUUCGACGAAACACCGCAGCAGUACAAUGCCAGCGAUCUGGCGUACCUAGAGGAGCUCACCUCCGUGGUGAAAAACACCCCUGGGCUCGGGCCCGACCAUUUCGUUUUCCACAACCCUGGAGUUGUCCCAGACCCUCGCUACCUGUCGACGGCUGACUCGACUGUGGUGUUUGAGGCAACGUAUGACACCUUCCAGGAUCGCGAUGGGGCCAGGCUGUUCGAGACAAUUCCCAACAGCAACCGUAGCCAGCUCUGCGCGGUGGUCCACUCGGUGCCGGACAGCGUGGAAGGGUCAGAGCUGCGAAAAUUUGUCAAGCAGGCGCGGCGAGUCGCCGACGAGAUUUUUGUUACCCAUCUCAGCACGAAUUACUACGCCAGCUUCGGAGACAAGUGGGACGACUUUGUUCGUCUGAUGGCUCAAUAG